AUGUCUUCUGACAGCCAGUACUUCUCUGGUAUCUCCCCCACGGUCCCCUAUCCCUUCCCUUUCUCCCUCCCUACCUAUCGCGACACCAGCACAGAGGAUCUUUCUGCCCACUCUGUUGCUACACCCUCUUACGAGGAGGAAGCCGAGGAGGGACUUUUCAUCGAUGGUGUGAAAGUGAGCCAGGACGUUUUCUUCAACUAUCACUUUGGCAUUCAACCCGUUCCCGAGGCCGGUGCCAAUGUCGAGACUGCGGGAUCCCCCACUUGCGAUUUUUCAAUCGCCACCAUCUCUGCUCCCGCCACCUCUCAAAUUACUUCUACCACCACCUUCAAUACCCCAACCAAUAACUUCUCCACCUGUCCUGCUCCUAGCACAAAUGAGCUCUCUGCCCGGACCGUUGUUACUCCCUCUCACGAGGAGGAAGCCGAGGCGGAGCUUUUCAUCAAUGGUGUGAAAGUGAGCCAGGAGGCGUUCUUCAACUACCAGUUUGGUAUCCAGCCCGCUCCCGAGAAGGCCGGUACCAUCGACGAUACUGCGGGAUCCCUCACUCGCGAGCCCUCUAUCGUCCCAAUCUCUCCUCCCACCACACCUAAAUUUGCUUCCACUGCCAUCUCCAAGACCCCCAUCACUCCCACUCAAAAGUCUGCUGGCAAAAAGCGCUCUCCAAACCCCUCCAACAAGAGCCCUGCCAAGGCGCCUACCCCCGCCCACCUCAAGCGGGCCGGCAUCAAGCGCACCAAGAAGCACACCCGCUCCAGUAUGGCCUGCGAGUGCUGUCGACUUGUCCAGAGAGGUGUGAGUACACCCCAUCUCAUCCAAGAACCGGUCAAAGAGGCUGACAUGAGCAUUAGUGGAAUGUGGACGACAUCUAUGUACCGCUGCGAAAGGUGCACUAGCCGAGGCUACAAGUGCUGUUUCUGGCUAGAGGGUAGAGGCGAGGGGAAGUUGAGACCCAGGGCUAUCGAGCUCGGUCUGGAGAUCUUCACGGAGGAUGGUAAAAAGAUGGUCAUUGCGCCUGAGCGUAGUCAGAUUGGCGUUCAGGCCGGACCGAGCCAACCCGCAUCCGCUGCCUCUCUUGAGCAGUCUUCUAGCGACCGUUCCUCUCCCGGCACGACUCCCUCCUUCACUCCUUCCACGUCUACCCCCAACAUCUCCUACUCUAUUAGUGCGCCCUCCUCCCAAGCGAGUAUCAACCUCACGACCCCCAGCUCACCCAUGGUCAACAUUACUGGUCCUGCUCCCGCCUUCGAGUCGCAGCCUGCUGCCGCUCCUUCUUUCAACUAUGGCUUCAACGGCCUUGCCGCCAUACCAGAAUUCCAAGCUCAGCCUGCCAAAUCCGAGAUCGAUUGGUCCUUUGGCUCCUACGUGACCUCCACACCCACCACGGCGAGCAAUGUCCACGUCUCCCUGCCAGCCCCUACCACUGCCAGCCCGGCCCCCGCCACUUUUGGCCCAACUCUCGGUCUUGAGAUGGAUGUAGCCGGGAAAGGUCCUUGGGAUUUCCCCGCCGACUCUCCUGCUGCGCCCCUCUUCACUGGCCCGGCUAUGACCAACAACUCUUUGGGUCUGGAGGGAAUGAUGGACGUGGGGAGCUCCUGUGAGGCUGGGGGCCAGCCGUUUUACUGGGAUGAGCUGGAGGCGAUGGCGUAG